AUGCAGAAAGAAUCUUGGAACUCGAUGAGUAUCAUUCUUGUUACUCUUUCUUUUCUCUUUGUGUUCAUUUCUCAAAAUGUAUUUUCGGCUCCUUCUUCUAGGCACUUGUGUCUUCCUGAACAAAGGGAUGCACUUCUCGAGUUCAAAAACGAGUUUGAGAUUGGCGAACUUUCUCGUUAUUGUUAUAGUGUUGGUCAACCGAAAACGGAGUCAUGGGUGAAUAACAACGACUGCUGUUCUUGGGACGGUGUCGCGUGUGACACCAAAUCUGGGGAAGUGGUCGAGCUAGACCUUCAUUGCAGCCGCCUCCAUGGCAUGCUUCAUUCUAAUAGUAAGCUUUUUAGGAUUCAAAGCCUUCGUUCUCUUGACAUUUCACGUAAUGAUCUCAGCGGUCAAAUCCCAUCUUCACUUGGAAAUCUUUCUCAUCUCACCUUUCUUCACCUCGAUGGUAACAAUUUAGUUGGUGAAAUCCCAUCUUCACUUGGAAAUCUUUCGCAUCUCACUCAUCUCAUCCUUGGUGUUAACAGAUUAGUUGGUGAAAUCCCAUCUUCACUUGGGAAUCUUUCGCAUCUCACUUAUCUCUACCUUGGUAUUAACAGAUUAGUUGGUGAAAUCCCAUCUUCUUUUGGUAGUUUGAACAACUUGUACUACUUAGAUGUUGGCUACAAUAAGCUUAGUGGUAGCUUCCCUCGUACACUACUGAAUCUGACAAAACUGUCAGUUUUAUCACUCUCUGAUAAUCAGUUCACAGGAACGCUUCCUUCUUCUCUCUUCACCCUUCCUUCUCUGGAAUCUCUUGAUUUGGGAAAUAACCAAUUCAACGCCACUCUUGAGUUAGGAAAUAUAUCUUCAUCAUCUAAGCUAAAACAGUUACGCCUUGGCAAUAACAACUUCAUAGGGUCAAUCCCCAUAUCUAUUUCUAAAUUAGCCAACCUUGAGGGACUUGACCUUUCUUAUUUAAACACCCAAGGCCCAGUUGACCUUAACAUCUUCUCUCAUCUCAAGUCGCUGGAAGAUCUUGACAUAUCCCAUUUGAACACAACCACUACUAUUGACUUGAAUGCAAUCUUAUCAGUUCUCAAGAGGCUUGUUGUUUUGGAUCUCUCAGGCAACCAUGUUUCAGCCAUAAACAAGAUUUCAGUUUCAGGUCCUCAUUCGCAAUCGAUUACGGGACUACUCUUGUCAGGAUGCGGUAUCACCGAGUUUCCCGAGUUUCUAAGAACCGAACACGAAAUAUUUUAUCUCAACAUUUCCAACAACAGAAUCAAAGGUCAAGUUCCUGGCUGGUUAUGGACGCUACCAGAACUGUAUGAUGUGGAUCUUUCCCGCAACAGUCUCACCGGUUUCGAAAGAUCAACGAAACAUAGACUAUCCAAUGUCCCGAAACCAUCUAUGGAGUUCUUGUUAGGCUCCAACAACAAUUUCAGUGGAAAUAUUCCCUCUUUCUUGUGCAUGUUUAAGUCUCUACGAGUUCUAGACUUAUCUAACAAUAACUUCAAUGGUUCAAUCCCUCGGUGUAUGGGAAAUUUUAUCAAAAGGUCUCUAUUAGUUCUAAAACUUGGCGAUAAUCAGCUUAGUGGAAAAAUGCCGGAUAUAUUUCUCAGUGGCAGAAAUCUAACGUCACUCAAUGUUGCUCACAACCAAUUGGUAGGGAAACUUCCGAGGUCUUUGUCUAGUUGUUCUUCUUUAGAAGUUCUAAACGUGGAACACAACAGAAUCAACGAUACCUUUCCUUUCUGGUUGGAAUCACUACAAAAACUACAAGUAUUGGCCCUCCACUCUAAUGAGUUUCAUGGGUCGUUACAGUACCAUCCCAAGGUUGCUUCUUGGUUUCCUCAGUUGCGAAUCAUUGACAUAUCAAAUAAUUCCUUCACUGGAACCUUACCAUCUGAUUUCUUCAUGUAUUGGAGCGCCAUGUCUUUGGAGGGGAAUAGUUCAGAAUUGAAGUACAUUGGAGGAGAUUAUCGCUUUUACCAAGAGUCGUUGGUUCUGAUGAAUAAAGGAGUAGAGCUGACAUACCCGAUGAUCCUUACACUCUUAAAUGCUAUUGAUAUCUCAGGAAAUAAACUCCAAGGAGAGAUCCCUAAAUCCAUUGGUCUAGUGAAGAAUCUUAUUGUGCUCAAUCUGUCAAGCAAUAGUUUUAGUGGCAACAUCCCUUCAUCUUUGGCGAAUCUGACGAAGCUCGAGUCCCUAGACUUAUCAGAUAACAAGCUUUCAGGCCAAAUCCCACCUGCUCUCGGGAGUCCUCACAAGUCUAUCCAAGAUUAUAGUUUCUCACAACCAGCUCAUAGGUCCGAUACCGCAAGGGACACAGUUUCAGACCCAAGAUUCCUCGUGUUUUGA